AUGAGUGACGCCAAGGGGGGAAAGGACAACAGAGAGGAGAAACAACAAGAGAGGACACGUUUUGGUGCGUCCUCAUUCGAAUCGGUAUGCGGUGGCGAGACACUGUACGCCGAGUCCGACUCAUUCGGUGUGGAGCUGCGAAGUGGGGAAGCGAGGCGAGCACGUCGUCUGGUUGGUCGAGUCUUCGGCUCCUCCAGUGGCAUGUCGACUGGAUAG